AUGCCACCAGUAAUCUCCCAAGCACUCUGGAUCGCCCAGAAUGCGCAAUACAUCGUAGCCCUCUUCCUCCUCUUCACAACCCUCCUCCUCUCCCUCCUCGGCUACCUCAUUCUCCGCUACUUCCUCCCCACCUCCAUCCUUUUGCUCUUCUCAUUCUCUGCAGCUCCCGGUGGGGGUAAGGGACGAGGGAAAGCGGGAACGCCGAAGAAGAAGGUGGUGACGAAAGGGCGGAGUGUCAAUACGCGCCAGACGGGGAGGGGGAAGGGCGUUGCUGUUGAGGGAGGUGUUUUGGGAGGAGUUUAUAGGGCGACUAUCUCUGCGCUUGGUACCGGUACGCUUCCUUCCCUCCUUUCCCUCUCAGGAGACAAACACAAUACGCUGACGAAUGCGCUGGAUCGGCAGGCCUUAUCCUAUGCGCCCUCGUCUCACUAG